CUCGAUCGUAUAGGCCUGGACAUAGGCUGUUUAGUCUUGGAUUCGAUGUUGACGAACCAUUCUCGGAAAAGAAGGAUUUACUCUCAUCAUCCAAAUUUAGCAACGUCUACAAUCCGCGGCACGAAUCGACCUAAACGUCAAAUAAAUUCCCCUCACUGAACUAAAUUCUACCUAUUACCAAACACUCUCAAAAGAAACCAUGGCGAACCACGACCGGAACCACGAUGAUGAUGAGCAUGAGAAUGAGCAUGAUAAUGCGUAUUCUCCACGCAGCAGCCCUUCUGCAAGCCAUUCACCAACCCAUUCACACGCUGCUCCAUCAACGACAGUGACGACACCGGAGCAGAGUUCAGGAUCAGACGAUGAUAUCUGGGCGACAUCAUCAGUUGAGGAGGGGUUUGGUGGUGGUGGUGGUGGUGGUGAGGGGACUUGGCUAGGUGGACGCGAUAACGACAACGACAACGAUCAAUCACGACCUAUAAAUACAACCACCACAAUGACGACAGAUGAUUCGAACCAUGACCGGCAAUCCCAUCAAUUACCCCGAGAAAGAAUUCUAUCCGACAUUCCCACACUACGUCGACAACACAUGACGGAUGGGUAUCGGGAAGGACUAAGUAUUGGUAAAGCCCAAGUUAUGCAAGAAGGGUUCGAUGUCGGGUAUCCCGUUGGGGUUGAGAUUGGAAUGAGAGUAGGUGUGAUUUUGGGUGUCUUGGAGGGGAUUUUGGCUGCAGUUGUGAGAAAACAGCAGCAGAAGGCGUCGACAUCGGGAGGAGGAGGAGGAGGAGCGAAGAAGAAUUCAAGUGCGGUCUGUCUGGCUGUGGGUGUGGACCAAACCAGACUGAACGCGAACUCGAGCGGUACCAGUACCAAUAUCAGUCCCACAUCAAGUCCCAACAGCAUCAGCAACCCCGAAUCCAUCUUGACAAAAUUACUCGAACGCGCAAAAUCUCAACUCGCCAUUACGGAAUUGAUGAAAUGUCUGGAUGAUGAGAAAGUCGCCAGACUUGAUGAGAAUACUAUCAACAGCAAUGCCGGUAGUGGUGGUAGUUUACCGGCAGAAAUUGAACAGAUUGUCAGCGGAUGGGACAAGUUAAUUACAGAUGCACUUGGUGGGAAAGAUGAUGUGCUGCAACAGAAGCAGUGAGACGAUGGAGAUAGAGUAAUGCAUAAGGGCCCAGCGCUCUUGAAAAUAAGCUAGUUAUGCACAGCCCACGGUCAAACCUACUAAGUUUAUGUAUGAUACCCAAAAAUAUAUGAGGAUCACGAUUCAUGCUUGAAUUGGGCAAG